AUGUCUCCUCAGCCCUAUUUGAAAACAGUCAAAGAUCUCCCAACCCUGCCUUGCGGGAAUGUGGAUGAUUCGCCUUCUCCCUCGAACGGAGAUUAUACCUUCAUGGCGGACCCCCGUGAAGAUGACAAUAAACCUCUCGUCUCGGGUGAAUCCGAUACUAUUGAGAAUCGAAUUUGGUUCAAGACCAACGCACUUAAUGCCGCAACUAUCAAAAGUUUCCAAAAGAUCCAGUUGUUUGCAGAGACGCAUGACCAGGGACAUGUGGAUGAUACAUCCUCAGGGAACUGGACCUGGCUGGAGUUGGCAAUUUUUGAUGAUGAGUCGUCAGACAAGCCACGAAUGAAAGACAGUGUUGAGCUUGUCUGGUUGAGCCACAAGAAUCGUUUUCUCACGGAUGAUUAUGGCUGGUUGGCAGGCCAGGUUUUCGAUCGCAACCAUGACCUGCUAAGGCAGCUGGAGCCUGGCAACGUCCUGGCUGUCCGAGUCUGUGCUCGCUUUCCAGGCUGGGAACUCUAUGGCAGAGACGCAUAUCUUAUCUUCGAUGUUGGUGAUGAAAAUGACCUUGAGCCACCGCCACCCUAUUCCAAUGUCCUUCAGCAGAUGAUGAGUGUGCAGCAAACACUCGAUGAAGUCAAUGAUCUCAAACUGAAGAUUAGUGAUAAAAAGAUCGACAGGCAAAAUGAUGCUUUCAAGCCUCAGAUUCCUCUAGAUCUGAGUCGUGCAGAUGCUUAUACUGGAAGAGAUGAUCGUCCCCUGCGAGUGCUUUCACUUGAUGGUGGUGGUGUUCGUGGCAUUGCGAGCCUUCUGAUACUGCAGGCUGUCCUGGACAAGGUAGUUCCCGGCAAGAAACCUUGCGAGAUCUUUGAUAUGAUCGGUGGUACCAGUACUGGAGGCUUGAUCGCCAUCAUGCUCGGUCGUCUCCAGAUGACGGUCGCCGAGUGCAUUGCUCAGUAUGAUAACGUGAUGAAAGAAGUUUUCCCCGAAACUGGUGACAUAAAGAAAGCCUUCAACCUUGCAACUCACGGCGAAUUCUACGACUCUGCCAACCUGGAAAAUAUCAUUAAGAAACUCAUCAAGGACAAACUUGGUGAUUCCGACGUGGACCUUCUUGAUGAGAAAGCGCCUUGCAAGAUUUUCCUCAUGGCUACCAACUCCCAAGCUGCAAACAACCGAGCCCCUGUUUUCCUGCGCUCUUAUAAAAAUCCAAACAAUAUGGAAGACAGUGCUUUGGUGAAUAUGAAGUUGUGGCAAGCAGCGCGUGCUACCUCUGCUGCCCCAGCAUACUUCAAGCCCCUGCAAGUCAAUGGAUAUACCCUAGUUGAUGGCGGAUUGGGUGCAAACAAUCCGUUGGGAUGGCUUUGGACUGAAGUCCUGGGUGUGUUUGGCCCUACCCGGGCAACCGACUGCUUCCUCAGCAUCGGCACUGGGAUGGCCGCCAAUUCCCCUGUUAUCCAGCCAGGAAUCAUCCCCACUCACGCAGUGGAGGAAAGCUUCAUCUCUGUAGCAACCAACAGCGAGCUCAUAAAUAUCAUGUUCCGGACACUGCUUGAUGCAUUUGCUCCUGUCGUACGGGAGCGGAAAUACUGGCGGAUGAAUGUGUACAAGGAUGUUCUAGCUGAGGACAAGGUCGUUGAAGGUGGAUGGCUGAACUGGAAGAAGGACGUCGUUGCAGUUAAUAAUUACGAAGACCCUGGAGCGCUCGACGACGUCAAGGCAGCCUUAGGCAAGUUGACUGACUGGACAAAGCAGUAUAUUGUUCAGGAACAGACGAUGAUUACGGACUGUGCAGCAGCUAUUGGAAGAAAUAUUGGGAAACGGGUUUGA